AAAACUCUCGUGGCGAGUAAGAGUUAAGAGGUUGACAACAUGAACACUUGAAAAAGCAUUGGCGAGAAUAGAUCUCUAAUUCUACUCGCGAGAGUAUGAUUUUAACGGCUUCUAACUUCUAAAGUUCUAACCCUUAAGAUCUGGGUCCGUAGAUAUCUUCAGAAAAAAAAUAAAUUAACAAAAUAAAAAAAAUCGACUUGUAUCUCCCAGUUAUUAGGCCUUCUCCGACGCGAAGUCGCGAAGGUGGGAUUCGAGAAAAAAGUAAAGAGUUAGGCUCAGUUGCUCAGUCCUCUCUCCAUCUCCUCUUCUUCUCUCUGUAACGCAAUCGUAGAGCCUUUGGUAGCUUGAAAAAAUGUCUAAUUUCUCUUCUCAGCUCAGGCUCUCUUCGUCCCUGAUCAAACGAUUCAAGCAGAAAAUGACAACAAUGACGAUGAUGAUGAUGGAGAGGAGAUCGUUCACGACUACUGAAGGUUCUCGUCCCACUAUCGUCCAAAAACGCAGCCUUGAUAUACUCCAUGAUCCCUGGUUCAAUAAGGGAACAGCAUUCUCCAUGACAGAACGAGACCGCCUUGAUCUUCGUGGUCUUCUCCCUCCCGGUGUUAUGACUUCUCAACAGCAAAUUGAGCGUUUCAUGGUUGAUCUGAAAAGGCUUGAGCAAAAUGCAAGAGAUGGACCAUCUGAUCCAUAUGCUUUGGCCAAGUGGCGGAUACUCAACCGGUUGCAUGACAGAAAUGAGACAAUGUAUUACAAGGUUUUAAUUGAUAAUAUUGAAGAAUAUGCACCUAUAGUUUAUACACCAACUGUUGGACUUGUGUGCCAGAACUACAGUGGCUUGUUUAGAAGGCCAAGAGGAAUGUAUUUUAGUGCUGCAGACCGUGGAGAAAUGAUGUCCAUGGUUUAUAAUUGGCCAGCUGAUCAGGUUGAUAUGAUAGUGGUAACAGAUGGAAGCAGAAUAUUGGGUCUUGGAGAUCUUGGUGUUCAGGGCAUUGGAAUUGCAAUUGGGAAGCUGGAUUUAUAUGUUGCUGCUGCUGGGAUAAAUCCACAAAGGGUACUUCCAGUGAUGAUUGAUGUUGGAACUAACAAUGAAAAGCUUCUUGAAGAUCCCCUAUACCUGGGAUUGCAACAACACCGCCUUGAUGGUGAGGAAUACCUUUCAGUUAUUGAUGAGUUUAUGGAGGCUGUUUUUACUCGUUGGCCACAUGUGAUUGUGCAGUUUGAAGAUUUCCAAAGUAAGUGGGCCUUCAAAUUACUGCAGCGCUAUAGGCAUACCUACCGAAUGUUUAAUGAUGAUGUUCAGGGAACAGCAGGAGUUGCAAUAGCUGGUCUUUUGGGAGCUGUGAGAGCACAAGGAAGACCAAUGAUAGACUUUCCAAAGCAAAAGAUUGUUGUUGCUGGUGCUGGAAG